UAACCCACGUAUCGAGCUAAGAACAAGCAUAUGGAGAGUUUGAGUCGGUUCAUGAAAUAUUCUGAGUUUGUAAGGAAGCCCAGUACCACCCACUGGCUUCUUUCAGUUCCUGUGUUUUCACUACUGCUGCUGCUUUCCUACUCAUCGUGGCUGUCUUUCUUCCUCCGGGUUUCGUUUAGAUUUGAGUGCUCCUUCUUCUCCACAGUUGUUCCUAUUCAGCAGUUGUUCAGCCACAGCAUUGACAAGAACUGCAUGUUCCUCCUCUGCAAUGGAAUCCUGGCUUUCCUCGCCGCAGCCAACUCUGGUUUAGUCAGCUCUACUACCACUACUGCUGCUGCUACUACUACAUCAGAAUCUGAUCAUCAUGUUCAAUUAGUGUCAGUAAUAUUGGAGAACAAGGAAGCAUCUGUGAUGGAUACCAGCAGUGUGGAGAUUAAUGCUGCUGUGGAGAACCCGUGCUUCAUGCAAGAAGAGCCCAGAGGAGAAGCCGCAAACAUAAUAAUUGAAGAAGAAGAAGAAGGAGAAGAAGAAGAGGAAGAAGGAGAAGAAGAAUUAGAAGAAGAAGAAGGAGAGCAAGAAGGAAGCAUUCAACCUUUUAGCACAGAAGAUGAGAAGGAAAAAGAGGUAGAAGAAGAAGAAGAAGAAGAAGAAGAAGAAGGAGAGCAAGAAGGAAGCAUUCAACCUUUUAGCACAGAAGAUGAGAAAGAAGAAGAAGAAGAAGAAGAAGAAGAAAGAAAUGGGUUGAGCACCGAAGAAUUGAACAAGAAGUUUGAAGAUUUUAUUAGAAGGAUGAAGGAAGAACUCAGGAUCGAAGCUCAGAGACAGUUGGUCAUGGUUUAGUAUUGUUUUAUUCAUCAUCAUCACCACCUCCUUGAAAUUAAAUUUAGCAGAUCGUAGCUGAUGAGUCAAUUAAUUUGAUUAGGAUUGUAUAUCCAUGCAUGCUUAGUUUUGAAGUAGUUUAGAGUUUUGAUUUUUCUGUUUUCUUAAUUUGCACUUCAUUUCGCGACUUCUGCUGUUUUAUUAGUUACAGAGUACACUCUCUACUUUGUCAUGAUAUAUUAGUUGUUUUAAUGUACCUAAAUGUUUUGUC